AUGGGUGCAUGCAGCAAGUUUCCUGUUCCUCGGUGCUUUACCGUGGACAAAUUUUUUGAGAAGUAUCCUCCGGAGGUCUUUGAAUCUGAAAGGGCUGCUAUUCUCAACCAAGAGCCUGAGGUCCGUAAGCAGCAGCAUGCUCGUGACAUGGCUGCUAUGGUGCGGAUGGUUCCGAGCUCCCUUGUCCUUGGUAACGAGCGGGAAUCCUUAGUUGAGCAGCUGAACACUGCCCAGGCCAGGCACGAGCGGGCCAAAGGUCGGAUCAACCAGCUCAAAAUUGUUGUGGAUGACCUCAAGGAGAAGCAACAACACUGGGGUGACCAGCUGGAUGAGCACCGUAAAAGGGGAGAGGAGUUGGAAGCUGCUCGGGUUGAGAUUGAAAGGCUCACUGCUGCUAUGGCGCCGGGCGAGAAUGAGCACAAGGCUGCCGAAGGGUUGACCAGCCGAGCAGACUUGGUCAAGGUGAUAGCUCAGCUGUCCCAUGACCUUGUAGAGGGCACUGAGUAUGCCUUUGGGAAUGCCGUGCAGCAAAUCCAGUGCCUUAAUCCUGACGUGGAAUUGGUGACCCGGGGAAUGCAUGUGAACGGGCAGGUCAAGGAUGGGCAGAUUGUUAUCCCGGCUGGUCUGGCCGACUCUGAUGAAGAAGAGGAUGAUGUUGACGUGGCAUUCGAGGAGGGUCAUGAAGACGAGCAAGGCGACGGGCACGAGCAGGAGGAUAGGUGCGAGGAGUAG